AUGACGGAUACGCAAAGCAUCCCAAUGGCGCGUGGAAGGAUCGCUAAACGAAACAAAAGCACCGCUUCGGUCGGUAGCAAGAAGAAUCGGACACAGUCGACAACAUCGAUCAAGUUCCUGCCACACGUUGUGAGUUUUAUCCUAUUUGGUUUUCUUAUCAACAUUCAAUUCUUUCAGGAUGGCUUCGGCGCUUUCCUGGCAGCCGUUUCUCGAUUGGGGAAGAACGGUCACGAGUUCACUUGGCAUGAUCUCAGAAAAGUGUACCAUAAGGAAACCCAACGCCAACUUACAGCCGACGAGCUCAAUGCUAUUUUCUCUGUCAAAAAUCUUACGAAAAGAGAAGUGUUCGAGCUUCCCAAAGUCAAACGUUUCAUGGUUUCAAUGGACGGAAGUAUGAUGUGUAGAUUCCGCCUGAUUGCGGAUCCUGAGCAAUACCAAUACGAAUACCACGAAAUUCCACCACUGAUGUCUACUUCCAUGGAAAGUGACGUCGCCACACAAACCACUGCUACUCCAAUUCACUCGGAAUCUGUCUCCCCAGCUAGAUCGGAAGAGAAGUCGAUUGCCAUUUCGACAGAUUGUGAUGACAAAACUGGUGGACCAACAUCCGAUCUUAGCAAGUCUGACAACUCUUCAUCUCAACGGUCUCUCGUACAGCAAUCCUCUAUGACUGAUGACGAAGGAUGGGCUUCUGGACGAGAUGCUCGAUCUGACAAUUCGUCUCCAGUAGGAGCCCAAAUCGACAAAGAUGAAAUCGAUGGUAAAACCAAAAUGGAGCUAGAUGAUGAUGUCUUCGAAGUCGAGCAGAGAAUCGCUGCAGUAAGUGAUAAUAUUGAUGGAGCACUAGUCACAGAUGUAAUGGUUGUGGAAAAAGCCACUGUGGAGAACAACUUCAAGGCUGCUGAAACUUCAUAUGUCGCACCAAUCGUGAUGACCGAAUCCAUCACUGCUGCUUUUGAAGCUGUUUUCGAAUCAGUGUCGCACGCCAAUACAACUGUUCCUGAAGCACAAAACGCCUCCGAAAAGGCGAAAGUGCACGCGACGCUGCGGAAAGUUUCUUCGCCUCCAGUGCCCGUCGAGAGAACAACUGUGGUGGCUGAAGAUUCGACCACUGGGCCACCAAUCAAGAAGCUGAUCGAAAAGUUCGAUACAGCUGUCAACUUUGCCGAACACAAGCUAGAGGAGAUGAACAAAAUAGAUCAAGUGUUUUCGUCAACCAAACCAGAAGAGCAUGAAGAGGCUGAAGUCACAAACGUCAUAUUCAGAAGCACUUCCACUCACAGUAGCAUAAUUGCUAACGGCAAAGAGCAGCUGGCAGAAUUCGUUGCUGAACAAGAAGCUAAACAUAAAGAGAAGCCUGCUGCCGCGCCGGCAACUGCCAACACAACCACAGAAGAAACUGAGAACGCUUUCUGUGCAAAAGAACAGUCGUCGAUGUCGUCGUUGGAUCGCGAAUAUUUCGAUGCAAAGACCAAGCACAAUGAAGAUCUUUUUGCUGAGCUUGGUGUCAAAGAUACUGAUGGCUUCCAGCUCAAAACUGUUGGCAGCAACGGAAGUGGGCCUGCUUCAUCAGAGAUCAUCACGGUAAUUGAAUCUCCAUCUACUAAGGCUGUCGAUGAUUUGAGAAAGAGAACCGACUCCGUCGAGAGCGAUGCCGAUGUUCCGUAUUCUCUCUGCAGUGAAGACGAAGCUGAACCAAUGACUAUGAUAGAAAAGUCUAUGAAAGUUUCGCACAGCGCUGAACAGUUGUCAACGCCAAAGGAUGAGCAGAAGGCGAAGACCGUAGUGGUUAACGUUGAAUUGGAUGCCAAAGGAAAACGAGAGCCGAUCGACGCAGGCGCUUCUAUCAAAGAUCGGAUUGCAGCUCUGCAAGCUGUGUCAACCGAAAAGGCGGUCCCAAUCGCUCGAACUGAUAGUGUUAACGAGAAGGAUGAAGAUGUCGUCGUGUUGAGUAGAAACGAAGAACUACCUCACAUGGUACUUGAAGCUAGACCACCAUCUCAAGGGGUAGGUUGA